AUGAAGGACUGUUGUUCUCAUCCCGGCUGGAGUGGACUGCAGAUUCGACCUCGCAUCGGUCAUAUCAACAUCCCCAGCGGGAGUCGAACCGUGACAAUGCAGAAUGGGAGCUUGACACGUUAUGUGAAAUUAAAUAGAAACGUCAGCUCUUCUGAUAUGAUUGCUGACGCGAUCUCUUAUUCGUGCUGCUUGACCUUUCAGUUCGUCUGUCCACUUGUGGCCAGUUGUGCUCGUGUCGUCAAGCCGAUCCAUCCUGUGGAUUCACCUGUCGGCAAUCUUGCCGCGGUUGAGCAGGCAACCCCGUCGGACUCAAGACUGGCCCGGCACGAAGACCAGAAUGCAGUCGGUUGCCAUAAUACCCAUUUCUUACAACCCGAUUGCUAA